AUGUGGGCAUGUUUGUGGUUUCCGGUCCAGGAUAAGCUGUUUCGAGGAUUAAACUGCACCGAGCAAAGCGCUGAGCUGAGAGCCAGUACCAGGACGCUGUCCACGUGCACGCCGGAGAACUUGUUAUGCCUGGAAAGCGACGACUUCGCCUUUGAUCAGGAUGAAUGUCUGCAGAGUGUUCUGGAAGAUCUUCGUUAUUACUGGGCAAUAUUUAAAUCUUACCACGACCCAGAACAAAUCCUGGAACAGUCAGUGCUCAGAAGCUUAGAGAACCUCAUUCAGAGCUGCUUUUCGGCUACGUUGCUGGACGCUGCUCAGGCGCAGAUCUCUAUGGACAACGAAAACUCCUUCGAGAGACGCCUGAAGCUCUGUAAAGUCCUAAAAGGCUUUCAGGUUCGCACCAUCACCAUCAACCGAGUGCUGAACCACGUCGUCAGCACUUCACAGAAAUGAUUAUGCUAUUUAUUAAAUUUACCAAGUUAUUUAUUUCACACCAGCACCAAAUAACUGAUAAAUUCAA